UUACUCCUCCCUAUUAUUUUGUUCUUUUUUAUCCUCAUUUCAGUUCCUUCAAAACCCUGAAUUCCUUUUCUUUUUCUUUAUUUAAUUUGAGAUAUUUAACCAUUUGAUUCAAACACAUCCAGAAAGGAGCAAAAAAGGAAACCCAGUCUGCAUUUCAAUUUUAUUUCCAUUUCUAGAAAUUUGUUUUGUUCCAAAUAGGAUGUCUAUUAUUAGGCAUCAAUAAUCAUAAAAAAAAAGUUUUUUAUUUUAAAUUUUCUAUGUGAAGUUCUCAACUUUCUUCCUCUCUAGUAAGAAAGAUGAAAUGAAUAGAAUAAUUUCCCAAAAGCAAAAUUCCCAUUUCUUGUGAUUAUUGACAUUCUUCUUUUUUAAAAGAAAGAGAAUUUCGUGGUGGGUUUUGGCUUCUUCCUUUUUUUCAAUGGCUGCAGUUGUUGACAAUUCAGGUGAAGCUGUGGAAGCUGUUAAAAACAACGAUUUGGUAGUGGAAACAACCAACUUAGAAUCAAAGGAAUUCAAUGUGCAAAAGCUGGUUGAUAUGUUCACCAAGUUGAAUCCUUUGGCCAAAGAAUUUUUCCCAUCAUCUUAUCAUCAUGAUCAGACCCAAAAAACAGAUAAUUUUGAUCCGACUCCUGUAAAAAAGCAAUCAGCUGGGAAUGAGAAUUUCUCCAACAAAAGGAGUAAAAAUAACCUCAACCAGGGUAGAAGAAGGCUUAAUGGUAGAGCUUUUCGAGUUCAAAGAGAUGAUAGCAUCAAGCGAACAGUUUAUGUUUCCGAUAUUGAUCAGACUAUUACCGAAGAACAACUUGCCGGCUUAUUUAGUAAUUGUGGACAAGUUGUUGAUUGUCGAGUUUGUGGCAAUCCACAUUCGGCUCUUCGCUUUGCAUUUGUGGAAUUUGCAGAUGAAGAAGGUGCAGGAGCUGCUUUGAACAUUGAUGGGACCAUGCUCGGGUUUUAUCCCGUUAGGGUCUUGCCAUCAAAAACUGCCAUCCUUCCUGUGAACCCAACAUUUCUCCCUAGGUCGGAAGAUGAAAGGGAAAUGUGUACCAGGACGGUCUAUUGUACAAAUAUUGCCAAGAAGGUUUCCCAAGCUGAAGUGAAGAAUUUCUUCGAAUCAACCUGUGGUCAGGUCACUCGCUUGAGGCUUUUAGGGGAUCAAGUCCAUUCAACUCGUAUUGCUUUUGUUGAAUUUGCUAUGGCGGAAAGUGCCAUAAUUGCACUGAAUUGCAGUGGCAUGGUGCUAGGAACUCAGCCUAUCAGGGUGAGUCCUUCGAAGACACCGGUGAGGCCCCGAGUUACUCGUCUUGACUGAUCAACUGAGCAUUUUAAGAGCCAUGUAUGAAAUUGGGUGACUUCCAAAUGAUGAGAAACUUUGCUGUGUGGAAGGAUGGGGAAACUCUCCUUUAAAUUAUUUUUCUCUGUCGUAGUAUUUAAUUUCGUUUUCAAUCAAAAGAUUUCGAUCAUGCUUAGUAGCGAUGGUCGGGCAAGUUAUCGUUUACAAAUCAGCUAUUAGUUAUCAUUGAACUGCUUAGCUCAUUAAAAUUACAUAUUCUGCAUUUUCCAAA